GUCCUCCCCAUUGCACCUGAGCGCAAUCACUACGCCUUGCACACACCGGAGCCAAAUUAUCCCAAUCAGCCCCUCCCUAUAAAACCCGGAGCUGCCACUGUCUGGGAAGGAGCGUGGUGUACUUGAUUUACUUCCAGCGGUGGUCUUUGGUUCAGCGUUAGUAUCAGUUACGGUUUAGUGAAGAUGCAUCACAGUGGUGUAACAAACAAUUACUUUGCAAAAUCUACAAUGGGGCUUUGUAAAGACUACCACCAAAAUCCAUUUUCUACGACAAAAGGAGAUGCCUUCAUUCAGUCUAAUCUGCUGCCUCAAAGACCUCCCCAAAGAACUGUUCUGGGAGUAAUCAGUGACAAUGAACAAAUCAGGAAACCAUAUGGCCAAGGUGCAGUUCCAAAAUUCCUUAAUGGUAUUGAAAAUGCAUUACCUGCAAAUGUGGCUACCAAGCAAUGCUUCGCAAUAUAUAUUGAUGAGCCACAGAAACUUCAGGAAAGGUGCGCGCUUGAAAUAGAGUAUCCAUGUCUGGAAGAAGCUGAAGAGAACCUUGCAAAGCAAAACUUCCACUUGCUGCUUGAGAUCAGUGCAGCGUCUCCCAUGUUGGUCGAUGCCUCUUUACAGUCUGCUGAAGAUCAAUCUGGAAGUGAUCCAGACUCAAUAGCAUUGUCUGAAUACAUUGAAGACAUUCAUCUAUAUCUACGCCAAGCUGAGGUUAAACACAGACCAAAGCCAUACUACAUGAGGAAGCAGCCAGACGUCACACCUGCGAUGCGUACCAUCUUGAUUGACUGGCUUGUGGAAGUUGGCAUUGAGUACAAACUGCGUACAGAGACCCUAUUCCUGGCUGUGAACUACUUGGACAGAUUUCUGUCGUGCAUGUCUGUCCUGCGUGGGAAGCUGCAGCUUGUUGGCACAGCAGCUAUUCUCUUGGCAUCGAAAUAUGAAGAGGUCUUCCCUCCUGAGGUGGAUGAUCUUGUGUACAUAACAGAUGAUACCUACACAAAGAAGCAGCUUCUGCGAAUGGAACACUUGCUGCUAAAAGUACUGGCUUUUGAUUUGACUGUACCUACUGUAAACCAGUUCCUUCUGCAAUAUUUCCACAGACAGGCAGUCUGCACCAAAACUGAGUACUUUGCAAUGUAUCUAGCAGAACUGACUCUACUUGAUGUUGAUCCUUUUUUGCAAUAUCUCCCUUCAAUAACUGCUGCUGCAGCAUACUGCCUUGCCAAUUACACAAUCAACAAAGUCUUCUGGCCUGAAUCCCUCUCUGCAUUCACUGGAUACUCACUAAGUGGAAUAGUACCGUGCUUGAGUGAUCUACACAGGGCCUGUGCCAAUGCCCCUCAUCAAGCACAGCAGGCAAUCAGAGAUAAAUACAAGGCCUCAAAAUAUAUGCAGGUUUCUCUCCUGGAACCACCAGCAUCACUUCCUCUUAAAUGAAGACUGAGUUUACAAGGAACAUGCACAGCACUUCAAGAUCAAUAGAGUUGGUCUCCAAUUCUAGACACUGCAGGACAAGUGUCUAGUUUAAUUUUAUUUCUUUUAUUUAUAUAUGCAUACAAUUUUUAUGAUUUUUAUCUAAGAAUUUAGAACUAAAUGGCUAUCACUGACUACCAAAUUCAGAUGGUGGUCCCUAGAUUAGGUGUAAAUAUAGGACCACAAAGCUGUGAAAGGUAAAUACACUGCAAACACUUGUCUUAUAACUACUCAGGACAAUUUGCCUGUCACAUUGGUUUCAGCAGUUAGUCUUCAAGAAAGCUGCUGUCAGUGUAACUCUUAACAAACUUUUUAUAUAAAAUGUACCUGAAAGCUUUUUUAUCUUUGUGGCAUAAUGAUUUUAAUAAAAAUGUGAAUUCAUAAAA